AUGACCUUUGUGCGUGAUCUUCGACAGCGAGAACGGCGGUUUCAAACCAUUGACCAGCAGAGAAACGCCCUCACCUGCACGGGCAUAGACACCUAUGAAGGAACCCGACCGUGGCUGGAACGGACAAGGUGGAUAAGCACGUACCAGGGAAUCCCACGGGAUAUCCUCAAGCGGAUGAUGCUCCUUCCAGCUUCUUCUAGCAUCGAACCUGGCCUCAAACUGGGUUCUUAUCAAGACGAGGCGUUCAUGAGCCCGCCUGCGGAUGAAGACCAAAUUUACCGUUUAGUUUCGGCUCUUGACCUAGUGCUUGACCGCUGUGAAGAAACCAUGCAGCAUACUGGACAACCAAUUCUAGCUUGGCUGAAGAGCCAUAUAGCCGCGGAAGCCUCGCCGCGUCCAUUCUCUUUCCUCGGAACCCGACAAAGCAGGAGUCGGUACCGGCGUACGUGGAAACAGUUCGUCACCUUCAUUCUGCGGGCAUUCCGGCUUGGACCUUUAGCUUGCCAGGAACUAUUGAGGCUGAAGUUUCCACUUCAGCUCUUUCACGUCCUAGAACAGAUUUGGGCCAACUCACUUCAGGCAGUGGCUAAGGAUUUGUCUUCCCGGCGGCUUUCCACGGAAGCAGUGUCGAGUCUGGAAGCAACAGCCAAUGCAACUGAUGACGAGAUAUCUCGGGAAGUGUACAAUGAAGACAGUGCAGACGGACUUAGUGUUUCUUGGAGCGAUAAAGACGAAGAAAGUGGCUCGUUGAAUACACUUUUGCCAUGUGUUCCGAUCUCUUCGUCGCUUCAGGCUCUUCCAGAUCAUUUGAUCGAAAGUCUUUUCAAUUUAUGUGUUCUAUUGAUCACGCAAGAAUUCACAGAUGGAAAUCCGCAGGCUAGUGUGCUGGUCUAUUUUAGCGGGGUCCUAGGCAUAAGCUCCAACGGAGCUCAUUUCCUUCCGGCAAAACUGUUCACACCCUAUCUCUCCGCCUUGAUAUAUAUACAACGGCUACUUUUCCUAGAGUAUGCUCUACCAUAUCGGGAGUACCCCUACCUGAAUUGGCCCAGUCGGCCUCGCACGGAUCAUCUUACCCGACUGCAGAAUGUGAGGAAGCAAUACAUGCUUCCCGGUUCGUUGACUGCUUUGGGUGAAUUUCAAUCCCUACGAGCCUUUGGAAAACGCCAGGCUGCGCUUGAUCCUCCAUCAUUCUUCCACCAUUGGAGCUCUGAUGGCAAUACGGUAUCGCUGGAGAACGUUUCUGUUACCCUGAGUUCAUUCCGUGCGCUACCAGCGUACUUUAUUCGACAGUCCCAUGAGCUCUGCGACACCCUCCUACUGGGAUUGAGUCCUGCCGUCGAUCUUAGUGCUAUCUACGACCCAAUGGUAAACAACCAGCCCGGGCAGUCUUUCGUCAGCUACCCUGCAAAUCAUCUUCGGGACCAGUACCUCCAAUUAGCUGAUCAGGCCGCCGGUGAAAGUAACUUCGGAUUGAUUCAGGAAGGAGCAUGGCAUCUUGAUGCCGUGCAUCGCUAUCUUCUCUAUCAUGAUCAGCUUUUGGGAAAUAUUUCGGGAAUAUUCAUAACAGCAGGUGGUCAAAUGCCUCGGCUCAAAGAGCUUGAGGAGAUUGAAUAUACGAACAGUGCAUCAUCUGAGCGCGCCAUAUACGUCUAUCGGAGCCAAGUUAUCUAUCUCACACGACAUAGUAAGAGCAAACGAUCCACGGGUCGCGAGUUUAUUGUCGCUCGAUUCUUGCCCCCGUGUGCUGGCCAUAUUCUCUUUCUGUAUUUGGUUUAUAUUCGGCCUUUCGCCGAGCUACUCUGUCGGGAACAAAACGCUUCCUCCACGGCUCUUCGCCCCACCGAUAGCUUCCUGUUUCGAUCUCUGGUAAGCGGGAAGCGCUGGCAGCCAAGCCAUUUUCACCAGAUUCUCACAGAUGCUACAAGCAAGGUGUGGUAUCAUCGGGUUCAUCCGCGUUGGUAUCGACAAAUAUCCAUUGCAGUGGCUGAGAAGCAUGUUCAGACGGCUUCUAGAUGUCUAAAUCGGUUUGACGAUAAAAGCGCCCAGGCAAAUCCGGAUGUGGUUUUUGCCUGGCAAAGUGGGCAUCGUCCUUUGCAGCGGGCCCAAACAUAUGGCUUGGACGGCGCCUUUCCUACCAAGCUCCAACCUGCGCUUCUCCGGGUAUACGAAACAGCAUCACACGCAUGGCACGACUUCUUGUACCCUCAAAGCAGAGGAACGGUUCAGCGAUCGAAAACCGUCUCGGUCCCUACUAUUGAGCUUAACAUCCCACCUCCGCAAUCCGCGGAAUGCUUGGCGAAACGAUCCUUGGAUAGCCUACUAACCCUACCUGUAGCAAAACGGCAACGUCCUUCCUCUCCCGAAUUGAUACCACUGCCAGUUGCCGAAUCUCACAGAUGGCUGCCGUAUCUUCGCAUGCUGUCAGAGUGCCGAGUGGUCCUUUGCACCGUCUAUGGGGGAUGCUACACGCGCUGCAAUCUCUCCCGACAUUUGCUUGAAGGGCACCAGGUUCAAUUUGCUCAUCGCAGACGGAUCCUCGCUAGUCCGUUACUAGAAGGGUCAGCUUUUGCUGACACACUGGCAAAUGUGGUUCACCCGUCCGACGGCGUCGCGGAGAUUGCGGGGCUGCCAAGUCAAGUUGGAUUUAUUUGCCAUACCGAUGAAUGUCAAUUCCGAAGCAGCAGCCAAGAGAGAAUGCGACAGCACUACAAUUCUAUGCACCAGUGGCGGGUUAGGACUAUGGGCCCGAUACCAUGGCGCCAAGCCUAUCUUCAAACAUUGUUUCAACAGAAGCAAAACAUUAAGUAUUUUACCGUCAUGAAAAGCAUCGGCGCUGUUAAGUUAUGCGAUGUUACAGAUGGUGGAAUUGGUAUGGAGACAGGCGAAUAA